AUGCCAUCCACCAUCAUCCCCUCCUCGCGCAACGCCUCCGCCUGUUCCCGCCAGGCCAGCGGCACCUUCACGGGCACGGUAUGGAUGGACCCGAUCCACUCGGCGGGCGAGGGCCCCGUUAUCAACAUCAACCACGUCAUGUUCACCCCGGGGGCGCGCACGUACUGGCACACGCACGAAAAGGGCCAGUUGUUGCGCGUGCUCGCGGGUUCCGGGUGGGUGUGUGAUAAAGGUGGCGAGCCGCGGAGGCUUGCCGUCGGGGACACCGUGUGGUGCGAUGCGGGGACGACGCACUGGCAUGGUGGCGACGACGGGAGUUUCAUGCUGCAUCUCGCUGUCAGUCACGGGAAGACUACGUGGCAUGAAGAGGUGAGCGAGGAGGAGUAUCGGGCUAAAGUGAAGGUGUGA